AUGCCUCUUGUUACUCAUUCAGGACGUCAGACUAAAGCCCCAUCAUCGGCCUGCUAUGUUUGUACUUACGCGUUGAAGGACCAUGGGGCUACUGAAUCUGAUGUGGGUGACAACCAGGCCUCUAAAUGUACUACGCGAAAGCAAACUCGGUCUCGUGCUGCCCCCAAGUCUGCCAGGGAUGCCCAAACUGAAGACCAUCCGCAUCCUCGACCUAAGGCUCGUCCCCUUGCAAGGAAGAAAUCCAGUGACGUGAAUGAGGCCCCUGAGGUCCAGUUGGCUGAUGGCGGUGCACUGAUGCAGACUGAGUUCUCUGCUGAUGGGUCUACAAAUGGCGCAGAUGACAAACAGUCAUCAGCUGGUCCCAGGGAAGAUGGUACUGUGUUUGGCAAUACAGUGACGAACGGCAGAGAGCAAACUGCAGUUUUGUCCGACGGUGAAUGUGAUGGUGCUGCAGUUCCCUCCGACGGUGAAUGUGAUGGUGCUGCAGUCACGACCAAACAGGAGAAGACUGGAGUUGCAUCCACAGCUGUUCGCCCACAUAGAUCUGGUGCCUACAAAUCAUAUGCUCCUAACCAUGAGAGCGAACCCGCAGAGAGCUCUGACUCUGACAGCGACUGGGCAGCAGCGGAAGAGAAGAUGUCUGCAAAUGACAAGCAGAGGGGACCGGCGGCGGCAGCUGACCACAUUGACGAUGCCGAGGGCCGCGAUGAAGAAGACAUGUCUGAAGACGAGGAUGGGACUACACACAAAGCAGGAAGACUAUCCAAAGAAGGUGUAUUGAAAGCAGAAGAAUUUGGCAAGAGAGUUAUGGCUGAAGCAACUGCAAUUGGAAAAGAGUUUGGGAAACAUCAGAGGUUGAUUCUUAUUGAGGCAGGACUGGCGACAAAGGCAACUCGCAAGGAGUCUCCUUGGAACCUGCAUCAAGCCUGGUUCCCAACUAUACUACCCCCAUCCAAAGAAUCAAACUUGGCAUCAUGGAAAGUCAAGCAAAAUGCGCACUAUCAUGCCCACCCAUACAAAGACCCUAACCACACACCCUUAUGGAAGAAAAUCCGACACCAUUGGGAUAGUGUGGUUGCCAGCCCAGAGGAUCUAUCAUCACGCAAGUCAUCUAGCCUCAUGACAGCUGUUUGUGAAGCGUUUGCAAAAUCGCCAGGAGAUGAGGAAUCUGGCCGCCAGGCCUCUGGCUUUUUUGCAGGGUCCAAUAUGGUGAAGGCCCUCAUUGACGCUCGACAACUAGAUGUAAAGUGCUUGAUUGAUGAGUUCACUACUAUCCUUAAAUACAAGGGCUUGGAGGCUGCGCAAGCAGAAGGCAAGGGUCUCAGUUUUCUCCCCCCGCCUGCCGCAGUCCCCAAUGCUCCACUCUUACACAAUGGCAAAUCCACCAGGGAUAGAAAUCGCAUGGUGGCCCCUAUAAUCAUUAGUGAAGCAUUUGAUUGCAGGUGGAUGAGGAUGCUUGACAUCCUCUACUCUACUCAACUUUGCAUCCAUGACUGGCCAACAGGAGUUCCACCCUCUGGCCCUGAUUUCGAUCUCAAAUCGCUGUCUGCAAGUCAGUUACGCGCCUUAGUGGGUCCAUAUCUCAGGAAGCAUCUCAGCAAUACAUAUGAGACUGAGCUGGGCCGAGACGAGGAUGAGGACGAUGCAGAGAAAGCCAUGACGACAAAGCGGAAAGGAGUGGACUCCUUGUGCAUUUUCAGUCGAGCUAUCAGACUUGCUAGAUAUGCUGGUGAGAUCUACUCAAUCCCUCUUGUCAUCGACACGGAUGGCAUCAUUCUGCAUCAUCUCAAAGACUCUGAGAAAUUUAUCAAGGAGCUCCCUCCACAUGUUGCUCGCAAGCAUCUGACCAAGAGAAUUCGUGAAGAGUCUCCAAACUCAGAUGAAUCUCUGAACUCAGAUGCAGGACCCUCAGGCUCUCACCAGGAAGCUUUGCACUUGCACCCCGCAGCUCCGCGCUAUAACUAUCAGGCUCCGUGCUCCAACUCUGGGGCUCCGCACUCACAACAUGGGGCUUUGCGCUCGAAUCCACCUGUCUCUAUGCACACUGACCAUGAUGAACUCUUGGACUACAGUGUUCACCCAGACGACGAUCUCCCACCGUCAUCUCCACCACUGCCAUCUCCUUAUGCAGCCCAUCAAGGUUUGAAUGCGACAACAGGAUGA